UCCUAUUUUGUAAAUUUUCCUCUGAAGUUGCGCUUGCUUUAUAAAUUUCGCUUCGCCGUUCCUGUCGCGCGUGUCCGCUGAGUUCUGUCCUUUACCAGUUCCAUUCUUCGUUUCCAUUCUGUAACACUUCGCAAAGAAAAAGAGAAAAAAAAAGACAGAAAAACGGAAAAGAAAACCCUGCUAGUCUCGCCUCGGCUGUCGUUCAGAUGAAAACUCUUUUGCUAUCAAAGACGACUCCUACCCAACGAUUAUGGGGCCUCAUUGUGUUUCUUAUCUUAUACUGGAUACUUGGUGGGGCUGUUUGGUGCAUUUUGGAGUACCCGCUCGAAAAGCAGUUGUAUCAGGAGAGGCGCAAAUAUAUCAUGGAAUUCAAGCGGAACCAUACUUGCGUCUCAGAGGAGGAACUAGAAGGAUUCAUAAACAUCAUAGUGACAGCUGCAAACCGAGGUGUCUUUGCUGCAAAGAACAUCACUAUCUAUGAACCAAACUGGAGUUUUGGCCAGUCACUGUUUUUUGCAACUACCGUACUUACCACCAUAGGUUAUGGUCGAGUGACUCCGCUGUCAGAUGUUGGAAAAGGAUUCUGUAUAAUCUACGCCCUGAUUGGCAUCCCUUUGACCCUCAUUAUGUUCACGGCAUUAGUUGAACGACUGAUGAUCCCAGUCACAGCAUUGCUGCACUGGAUGCUACAGAAACUUGGUCACCUGUAUCGUGUUUUUCACAUCCGGAUGUUGCACCUAAUGCUUGUUGGCAUAAUCAUCAUUACGCUGUUCUUCCUCAUUCCGUCUGCCAUUUUCUCAGUCCUUGAACCAAACUGGAACUACCUGGAUGGAUUCUAUUACUGUUUUAUAUCGCUCACAACCAUCGGUCUUGGAGAUUACAUUCCUGGAGACAGUCCUGACCAAAGGUACCGAGCUGUCUACAAAGUGGCCAUUACAGGAUACCUCAUAUUUGGCUUGAUCAUGAUGAUGCUAACCCUGACCGUGAUGUAUGAGAUUCCGGAACUGAACCUGGGCUUCCAUUUCUACUUGAAGAGUGACCACAAUCAAGAGGAGGAGAGGGCUAUACUCCGUCCUGCAGACACACCACAUGGGCCAAAAUACACACAGCAAGUCGAUGACGACCCGAACUGUCAAAUGAGGCCCGAGUUUACAGCUGUCAGUGCUGUUGACCAGUCAAACCUCAACUGAUUCUGACAUUACCAACUGAUCAACCCUCAGCAUGCAACCAUGCAACCACUGCUAACACCAACUGUGCAGCUACUCCUAACACCAACCAUACAACCACCACUUACACUAACAGUACACACAGCAAUCAUAGAGCCACCCCUAACAAACAACAAGGGAGUCUAUAUGUGGUCGAUUGAGCUGCUAGAAACAUUAGACAAAUUACUCUCAAACUACACCUUACAAUCGUUAAAGCAAAAAUACAUUAGAUAAUUUGUCCAAUACAAAUACCCCUACAAGUAUUGGAUGGUCAUGGUCAGAUUGCUUUGAUCAUAUAUCUGCUUGAUCAGGGUGGAUUUGGGGGUAAAUUCAGCCAUACAGACACCCCUAACACCAGCUACAACAAUUAUACAACCGUCCCUGCCAACAACAUACAGCUAUCUCUUACACUAACUCUUUAACCAUCCUAAUAACAACCAAUAUUAGUACAACCAUAAUUCCAUCACUUGGUGAAAAACUGAUUUAAGAAAGAGAUGGUAAAUGUAUAUGUAUAUAUGCGUAUACUAAACGGUAAAGCAGGUUAGUUACUGCACAAUUUUGCCAUUAUGGAUUAAUCAAAUGCUAACACAUAGUCAAAUGUAUACCAUUUGAAUAAUUCAUAAAUGCUGAAACUGCAAUAUAAGGAGCACAACUAACUUAUUAUAUCCUUUGAUGCACACAUAUGCAGACAUGUGCACGCGUACAUACACAUGAGAUGUAAAAAUUGUAGAUAUAAAGAAAUGAUAGGGAAAAAAGGGGAAACAAAACUGAAGAAAGAAAUAGCCUAUGAUAUUUAAAAUAUAUAUAUAUAUACAUAAUUUAUUCAUAUACAUAGACACAUACUUUCUCUCUUCCUCUCACUUUCUUUUACAUACACAUGCACUGAGACAUAUUAAUUUAUGCAAAUAUGUAAGUGUUUAUGUAGAUGCUUAUAAGUGUAGUUACACACACACACACAUGCACAUAAUUAUAUAUACAUACAUUUAUAUUAAAAUAAUUCAAACAAUUACAUGCACACACAUACAUACAUACAUGCAUACAUACAUACAUACAUACUCAUACACAUACACUCCCAUUUCCAUCUGGACCGCCAUCUCUUCUACUUGUUCUCAUAAACAUGUAUAUAAAAUCAAAAUAAAAUGAGAAAUAACAAAUCAUAAAAUUUAAAAAAAACACAAGCACAAAUUCACACAGGCACAUUACACACACACACACACAACAAUAUCUAUUUUAUUAAAGGAGAAAUGAUCAAACUUGAACCUAUGGCUCGACUUAAGAUUGAAACUGUGACAUUUGAACCUGAAAAUGAAAAAAGAAAAAAAAAUCAGAUUGAAUUUUUGUUUCUUUGUUUUCAUAUCUACAUUUCUCUUUGUUUUUCUUAUACAUACAUCCCAUAUAUAUAUAUAAAGUAUAUAUAUAUAUAUACACACACAUACAUACAUAUACAUGUGUGUGCAUAUAUGAUAUGCAUACAUAAACAUAUGUAUAUAUAUAUCACUCUUGCUUUCAUAUUUAAUAGAGUGAGAGAGAGAGAAAGAUAGAGAGUGAGUGAGAAACUAUCUGUAUUACAUUCUCUCUCUCUCUUUCUCUCUGUCUUUCUGUAUCUCUCUCUCUCUGUCUUCAAACCUAAGGUGGCAGUCAUGUGGUGUGUAGCUUAUAUGUAUGCAUAACUUCUUCAUCAAUGGUACCUACAUCCAGAACCUACCCACCUUUUAUCUACCCAGCUUCCUUAAGUCCCCUCCCACACCUCAAUGGAUAUUCUGCUUUUGUUUUCUCGUUUUCUGGGGUUUUUUUGUAAUUUUUCUUAAGUUUUGAUUAUUUUUAAAAAAAAUAUUCCUUUACUUUCUAAUUACGAUUAUUAUUAUUAUUUUUGUCAUUAAGAUGGUGAAAUGGCAAAAACUGAUGCCUGACUAACACUGGGUUUGAAUUAAUUGUUGGUUCCUUUUCCUGCCCUUAAACCUGUGACCUUGAGCCAAAGUUAGAGUUUAUUAUUAUUAUUAUUAUUAUUAUUAUCAUCAUUAUUAUUAAGGUGGUGAGCUGGCAGAAUUGUUAGCACACAGGACGAAAUGCUUAGUAGCAUUUCAUCUAUCUUCACAUUCGGACUUAAAAUUUCUCUAAGGCCGACUUUGCCUUUCAUCCUUUCAAGUUUGAUAAAAUAAGUACCAGUCACGUACUGGGGUCGAUAUAAUCAACUUCUCUCUCCUCUCAAAAAAACUGCUGGCCCUGUGCCAAAAUUUGCAACCCUUAUUAUUUUUAGUAGUAUUAUUAGUAUAAUCUUCAACAUUCAAGAGCCAUGGAAUGGUAGAAAAUGUAGAAUGUUGGACUAAACACUGUUUAGUAUUUAGUCUCACCUCUCUGGGGGUAAUUUUGCUUUCGUCCUUCCAGGGUUGACGAUAUAUAUCUAUAUACAUACACAUACUAAUCAUGUACAGAAGUUGAGUCUGUCAACAAUAUCCAUCAAUCUGUGUGACUUUGUGCCAAAUUUAUAAAUCCUUGUUAUUGUUAUUAGUAUGGGCAAGAGCAAUAAUGGUUAUGUAGAAGACUCACUGCAUUGCAAUAUUUAGUUUUGUUCUAAGUUGGCAAGCUGGCAGAACUGUUAGCAUGCCAGGCGAACUACUUAGCGGUAUUUUGUCUGUCUUUACGUUCUGAGUUCAAAUUCCGCUGAGGUCAACUUUGCCUUUCAUCCUUUUGGGGUCGAUAAAUUAAGUACCAGUUGCGUACUGGGGUCAAUCUAAUCGACUGUCUCCCCACUCUCUCCAAAAAUUUCGGGUCUUGUGCCUAGAGUAGAAAAGAAUAUUUAGUUUUGUUCUACCAGUAUCCAGGUUCAAUUACUCAGAAAUCUAAUCCUGUCUUGUUUUUAGUCCCUCGGAAGAUCAAUAAUUUAAGUACUAGGCUGACUGAAUUGACUCCAUCAACCCUCAUAAAGCUUAACCUUUUUCACUUAGUCCUUAGCACACAAUCACUAUUAGCAUACCAGGCAAAAUGCUUAGCACCAUUGCAUCUGUCUUUAUGUUCUGAAUUCAAAUUCCACCAAGAUUGACUUUGCCUUUCAUCCUUUCAAGGUUGAUAAAAUAAGUACCAGUUGAACACUGGGGGGUCACUGUAACUAACUUACACCCUUCCUCUGAAAUUACUGGCCUUAUGCCAAAAUUUGAAACCGUUAUUAUUAUUAUUAUUAAGGCAGUGAGCUGGUAGAAUUAUUAGCACACAGGGCAAAAUGCUUUGUAGCAUUUUUUCUGACUGUCCACAUUCUGAGUUAAACUGCUGUUGAGGUUAACUUUGUCUUUUGGGGGUCAAUAAAAUAAGUACCAGUAGAGUACUGGGGUCAAUGUAAUCAACUUAAUCCCUUCCUAAAAAUUGGUGGCCUUGUGCCAAAAUUAGCAAGAGUUAUUAUUAUUAUUAAGGUAGUAAAGGGCGAGCUGGCAGAAUCAUUAGAACGCCGGACAAAAUGCUUAGUGGUAUUUCAUGCUUUCACGUUCUGAGUUCAAAUUCCGCUAAGGUUGACUUUGCCUUUCAUCCUUUUGGUGUUGAUAAAUCAAGUACCAGUUGAGUAUUACUGGGGUUGAUGUAAUCAACUAUCUCCCUCGCUCAAAAUUUCAGGCCCUGUGCUUAUAGUAGAAAGGAUUAUUAAGUUAGUGAACUGGUUGAAUCAUUUGCAUAUUGGAUAAAUUGCUUACAGGCAUUUAUUCCAACACUUUACAUUCUGGGUUCAAGUCUUCAGUUUUGCCUUUCAUUCUUUGUAGACCAUUUACAUAUUGGGGUUGAUGCAAUCGACUUACCCUCCCUCAAAACUGCUGGCAUUGGAGUUGACUUUGCCUUAAGUAACAGUUGAGUACUGGGGUUGAUGUAAUUGACUUAACCCCUUGCCCCAAAUUUCAGGCCUUGUGACUAGAGUAGAAAGGAUUAUUAUUAUUAUUAUUAUUAUUGUUGUUGUUGUUGUGUUAUGGGUUGGCUGAAUCAUUAGACUACCAAAUGACACAUUAUAUUUUGCUAAGUGCAUUCCUUGACAUUCUGAGCUCAAAUCAUGCUAGAGUUGAUGUUAUUGACUGUUCCCUCCCAUAAAAUUCGAGACUUUGCAUCUAAUUAGGAGGAAGAGUAUGGUGGUAGAGUGUCAGAAUUGGUGGAGCAUCAGAUUAAAUCUAAAUACUCUGUGAGAGUUAGCUAUGUUCUAUAUAUUUUGUAUUUAAAUUUUCCUGAGGUCAACUUUAUUUUUCAUACUCAAAUCAUUUAAGAUAAGCAAGGUCAAGUAACUGGGGUUGAUGAAAUUGACUGAAAACCCCAUCUCCUACUUGUAGCCUACAUUAGAUAUAUGGUGGUGGUACAAUUAGCAGUGUAGCAAACAAUGUAGGGAAAACUAGAGAGUCUUCAUUGUGAGUUCAAAUCUCACCUGUCACUCUUUUACUUUCUACCUUUGAUGCAACAUAUAGCAAUAAGAUUAUGCGAUACGUUCAAUAAAUAUAUUGUUCCUCUAUAUACAAUUAAUCAUAGUGUCUAGUCAAAAGAGGAAAAUUAUUCUUAUUAAGGCGGUAACUUAGUGGUUCUGCAAAAGAGACCGAUAGAAUAAGUACUAUGCUUACAAAAGAAUAAGUCCUGGAGUCAAUUUGUUUGACUAAAAGCAGUGCUCCAGGAUGGCCGUAGUCAAAUGACUAAAACAAGUAAAAUGUUAGUUAGAGUAGUGCAAAUCAAUCAUGGUAAAAAUAUGUUCCAUGUCAUUUACUUACAUCCAUGCAUGAUUUGCAUUCAAAUUCCUUCAGAGUUGACCUUGCCUUUCAUUCUAUGGGGGAUAGAUAAAAUGUGUAUCACUGAGGUACUGGGGCCAAUAUAAUUAACUACAUUGAGGGCAGUGAGCUGGCAGAAAUGUUAGAAGCCGGGCGAAAUGCUUAGCGGUAUUUCGUCUGCUGUUACGUUCCGAGUUCAAAUUCCACCGAGGUCGACUUUGCCUUUCAUCCUUUUGAGGUCGUAAAUCAAGUACUAGUUAUGAAGUCAUGGUGGUGAAUGACAGAGUUGGUUAAGGGGCAAGCAAUAUUCAGUUAUAUAUUUUUACAUUCCAAGUCCAAACCUUACCAUGAUUGACUUUGCCCCUCAAUUCCCCGUUUUUUUCCCUUCUUUUAUUUCCUUUUUUUUUAAUUUUAAGAAGUAAAAGAGGAGUAUCCAUAACCCUUUUUCAAGGCUUCUGUGAUUGGUAAGAGGAAGGGAAUAAGUUAUCCUUAAAUCAGAGACCUGACUCAAAUGCUUACAACAAAGUGAACUCUGCUAAAAGUACCCAUGGUUCAGGUGGGGAAGAUGGCAAACAGAGGUAUCGUCCUUCUGGGGGUGGAUAAAAUAAAUACCAGUCAUACUGAAAGUUCAUAUAAUUGACUGCUCCCCAUAGGCCAUGUGCCUUUGUUUAAAAAAAAUCAUUUUUUGAUGUUUAUGUUGUGGGGAAAGCACCGUAGAGUAGAAGAAAGUUGCAAGUUCUUGGGAGGGGUUUCAGUUCCCAGUCAGAACUGCUUCGUUUCACCUUAAAUCACUAAAACCUUUGGAAAGGCAUUAAUGUUAAAACAUUUCUCUUAAGAUUCUUCCUUUGCCCUUAAAAUCUCAGGCUUUGUGCCUGCAUAAGAAACCAUUAUUAUUAUCAUUAUUUUGUUGUUGCUGCUGUUGUUGUUGAAGGUGGUGAAAAUGGACGAGACACAAAAACGACUGUUGGUCAAAGUGAAUUCAACAGUAUUUAGUUUUCUUCCCUACUUUCAUUCCAAGUUCAGAUUCUACUAGGGGAGGAGUUGAUGAAAUAAGAACCAGUAAAUAUUGCUAGAAUGUGGGGUAGGUGUCAACUUUGUCAAUUGUAGCCCUUUCUUUUUGCCCACUCCUGCAAAAAAAGUUGGCCCUGUAUUGAGUUUUAAAAAAACAGAAAUAUUGGUAUGUUGUUGUUGGUGGUGGUUUUCUUGUCAAGAUUGUUUAAAUAAAGCCAGUAGCAACAACAACAAUAAAUAUUGAGGGAAAAAAAAGGAAGAAAGAUAGCACUAAAAGAGAACAGAAUGAAAAAAAAAACCGAACCACAAAGAGAACCAUGUAAAAGAUCUGCUAGAAAUAGCAGUCAAAUCUCGCCAGUGAUUGUCAAAAGCCAGACCAAAAAAUAAGCUUUGCAGUCAAAACAUUUUAACAUUAUUAUUACUAUUAAGAAAUACAAGUUUUUAAUUUAUUGAAUAUUUUUUUCAUGUGUGUGCAUAUAUAUAUAUAUAUGUAUAUAUAUACACACACACAUACAUACACAUACAUGUAUAGACAUAAUUGUCUAUAAACAUACAUGUAUAUACACAGUUGUGUUUAUAAAUAUACAUAUAUACACACAUGUAUAAAAAUAAUUGUCUAUGAAAAUACAUACACAUAUAUACACACAUGUAUGCAUAUUAUAUAUACACAUGUAUAUAUAUAUGUAUAAUAUAUAUAUGAGUGUAUAUAUAUUUAUAUACAUGUAUAUACACAUACCUGCAUGUCUGUUUUUGUUUUCCUUUUUGUAUUUAUUGUUUGUCUUUUGUUCCAAAUUCUUUUUUUUUUUUAUGUAUUUGUGUCAGUUUGUUCUUAUUUAACAGAUUUACUGCUGCGAGAAGUAACCUCUCCUCCCUGCCCCACUGUUACCUUCUGACAUUUCAUGUCGAAGAAAAGAUAUUAAUUAAAGAAAUAAAACAAUGAAUAUUUUAAAAAGA